AAAUAUGUAAAUAAAAAGUUCGAAGUUUAGUUGAGUCAACGUCAUCUUUGUAAUAAAAUCAUCGAAAAAGAUUUUUAAUUUUAAUAUAAAUCAUAUUAUAUAUUAUAAUGGAGUUUAAAUGGACAUGGUACUAUACGUUAUUGUUUAAUAUUUUUAACAUUGUAAUUGCGGAAUGGAACUCAAACGAUUACAUGAAAAGAGAACAUUCUCUUGUUCGUCCUUAUCAAGGGUUAGGUAUGACAAUACCUUAUUGGGAUUUUAUAGGCAGCACGAUAGUAACAAAUAAUUAUAUUAGGUUAACGCCUGAUUUACAAAGUACACAAGGAUCACUUUGGAAUGCAGUUCCAUGUAAUUUGAAAAAUUGGGAGCUCAAAGUACAUUUUAAAGUACAUGGAAAGGGACGAGAAUUAUUUGGAGAUGGAUUUGCAAUAUGGUAUGCAAAAGACAGAAUGCAAGAAGGUGCAGUUUUUGGCAGUAAGGACCAUUUUCAAGGAUUGGCAAUUAUUCUUGACACUUACAGCAACCAUAAUGGUCAACACAAUCACCAGCAUCCUUACAUAUCGGCAAUGAUUAAUAAUGGAACACUAGAAUAUGAUCACGAUAGAGAUGGAACUCAUACUCAACUUGCAGGAUGUGAAGCAAAAUUCAGAAAUCUCGAAUUUGAUACCCAUCUUACUGUGCGAUAUGAAAGAGAUACCUUAACAGUUUCAACGGAUAUUGCAAACAAAGGAGCGUGGAAGGAAUGCUUUUCGGUGAAAGGAGUUAAAUUACCAACAGGAUAUUAUUUUGGUAUGUCGGCAAAUACUGGCGAUCUCUCUGAUAAUCACGAUAUUUUAUCAAUUCGACUAUUUGAAUUGGAUUUACCAGCUGAUUCCAAAGACGAUGAAGAUAGAGCGAGUAUUCUUCCUUCCGCAACAUUCUUCGAGGCUCCAAGAGAGCACAUAGACGACCCGAAACCCGCAGUUUCAAGUGGAAUUAAAACAUUCUUUAUGAUGCUAUUAUGUGCCUUAGUUUUAAUAGUUUUUGUUGUUGUUGCUAUUAUGGUUUAUCAAAAACGAUCUGAGCAAAAUCGUAAGCGAUUAUAUUAACAUAUCUCAACAACACAAAUUGAGUGUCGACCAAGAAGCUAUUCUUCAGACAAUAUUAUGUUUUAUUUGAAAAUGAGAAAUUAUGACUUACAUCACUGAUGCUCAAAAACAUGAAGGAUUAUUAUGUACAGUUUCCAAUGGCGAUGACAUUUUUUUUAGUCAUACUAGUCAACCGUUUUUCUACUCUUAUAAACAUGUUUGCAAAUUCAUCUGAAUCAGUAUUUUAUUAAGGAUUAUUUUGUUAAAAUUAAAUACUGCACGGAUUGUAUUUGCAGAAAAAUGAAAAUACUAUGUGACUUA